AGCGAGUGAGGAGGAGCGGCGAGCAAUAGCGAGGAUCUACACGGGCAAAAAGUUGAUCUUUUCAUCCAGCGUGCAAGUGCAUCCAAUCCACGGAGGAGAGACGAGAUGGCAGCCCAGACUCAGCAACCUCACCUGCACCUGGCCGAGCUCACAGCCGCCCAGUUCAUCGACAUCUGGAAACACUUUGAUGCGGACGGAAAUGGCUACAUUGAAGGGAAGGAACUGGAAAACUUCAUUAGAGAGCUGGAGUUAGCGAGACGAGGAGCAGGCGUGGAUCCUUCACACGCUGUGUUCAAGGAGAAGAUGAAGGAAUUCAUGGCCAGUUUCGACAAGAACUCUGAUGGGAGGAUUGAGAUGACAGAGUUGGCUCAGCUUCUGCCCACAGAAGAAAACUUCCUGCUGUGUUUUAGAGAGUUUGUGGGAUCCAGCACUCAAUUCAUGGCUGCUUGGCGGAGGUAUGACACUGACCGGAGCGGAUACAUUGAGUCGAACGAACUGAAGGGCUUCCUGACAGACCUGCUGAAGAAAGCCAACACAAGCUAUGAUGAUAAGAAGCUCAACGAGUACACACAGACUAUUCUAAGGAUGUUUGAUCUGAACGGCGAUGGGAAGCUCGGCCUCUCUGAGAUGGCAAGGCUCUUACCCGUACAGGAGAAUUUCUUGAUGAAGUUUCAGGGCAUCAGGCUCACAGUCAAGGAAUUUGACUCACUCUUCACAUUCUAUGAUAAGGACGGUAAUGGCUACAUUGACGAGCAGGAGCUGGAUGCUUUGCUAAAGGAUCUUUCUGAUAAAAACAAAAUGGAUGUGGACGUCACAGGACUUUCAGGGUACAAGAAAAGCAUCAUGGCACUGUCAGACGGAGGGAAACUGUAUCGCACUGAGCUGGAGAUAGUCCUCUGCAGGGACUCUGAGCUGUGAGCCCGCCACCCUGCCAACUCCCACUGCCUCCGUCCUACCUCCUCCUGUAACCUGGUGCAUGUAAGACUUGCUUCCACUGCUAGAGAGAAAACUAAAAGUGCUCCGAAAAGCACUCAGUCAACUGCUGGCCCUUAUGUUAAAUCUUUUUGACAUGGUGAACUAGCCCUAGAAAUUAAAUUUGUGUAUUCAACUGUUUUUAUUAAUCCCUAUUUUUACUCAUACGCUGCUAUUGAUAAACGUCUAAUCCACUUGAGAAGUUCGAUGAAUUGGAUGUCUAUCACCAUCAAUGGCAGCUCAUGAGUUAUUUUGCAUUAAGCCAUCAAUCCCCUCUCCCCACUCUUAAUACGUCUGUUUAUGUAUUCUAUUUAUUUGAGUUGAAUUCAAGUCACUCUUGUUUAUUUCAUGAAGCUUGUACUGUUCUAUUAAAUAUAUUACCGAGAGAAUGAAUAAAUAUAACAUAAGACUCUUGCUCCAGUUAUUCCUCACAUUAAAGAAAUCUCCCCUCAAACAGCAGGAGGAUUAGUUCACCUUGCAACAAUGCAUUGUGAGAGAAAAUAAUUUCAUCCCGCUGGAGUGGAGGAAGAUUACAGUCUGGGCUGGGAAAGGUAACCGCGGCGGCAGCAGGAGUGAUAGAACUUCUCGGUCCAAUCUCCUCCUAACAAAAAACCCAAUGUAGGACUGGGAGCUCCUCCAUUUUUCAUGCCAUGAAAGCUUUUGUGGCGCUUUUAGAUAAAAGGGAACCGAGUGGGCAAAUACACCGAAGGAGGAUUGUCUCACAGCUCUCACUCCUACUGCAUGAAUACAAACAGAGUUGCAAUAAAACCUGAGAAAACAACUGUCAGUUUUUUAUGCAUGUGUCUAAAUACACAUUUUUUUUACAUGUUGUUUACACACCAACUAUACCUGACCCUUUAUAAGGCACUCAUUUGACUCAUUGGCUGCCAUUCACGGCACUAAAAGUCAAAUCCAUUUUGACUGGGAGGGGUUGGCAAAGGAAUGAUAGCUGCCAUCCCUUCCGGUCAGAUUAUAUAUAUACAUACAGGGUGUCCCAAAAAUGUAU